AUGGCGGUAGCACUUUCCCUUAGUGGUUCUCGUCUUACAGUUCAACGCUUUUAUGUUGCAAUUAGUUCUGCUGCUGCAUCAACGGUUCGCCGUUCUAAUUUUCAGUCACAGAAUUGCGUAGUUGGUGUUCGCCAUGCAUCCACGGCGAAGGAUAUCUUUGUCGUAUCAAAUGAUUCUCUAACGGGUAUACCGGAUAUCCCGGUAAUAAAUAUGCCUCCGGAAGCAGUAGCCAGCUCAGGCUUUUCUUUUUAUGAGAAAUGGCUUCUAAAGGUCGAUAUUUUGGAUUUAUUCGGUCUGAGUGGUAUAUCAGCUGUAGAAAGUACUGGGCUUUUUUCUUGGUAUUCACCUGCUUCCUGGUAUCGAAUUGCUUUGGAAUUUAUCCACAAUCAUUUUGAUCUUCCCUGGUUUGCUUCUAUCAUAUGUACCACAUUAUGUUUACGGCUAGCAUUUCUGCGUGCAACCUUAUUCUUACAAAGAUUUGCACCAAUGAAAAUGAUGCAUGAUGAUACGUUGAAAAUGUUUGAUGAUAAGAAGAAAGAAGCUCGAGAAGUAAUUCGAAGUGAAGCUUUAUAUCGGAAGAUUUCGCAUGACGAAAAUAUUUAUGUAGACACUUAUAAUUUAAGAUCCUCCAACAGAUAUUAUUAUUUUGCGCUCAAUUCAGUUUUAUUCAUUUCCCAGUACCGAGGAAUUAUACUUAUGGCAGAGAACAAUUUUCCUGGUUGGGACACAGGCGGUGCUCUAUGGUUUCUAGAUUUAACAACGACAGAUCCUAAUUUCUUGGUGCCCGCACUCUCAUCUGUUCUCAUUGGAUGCACACUUUUUCUUGGAUAUGAUCCAACCGGUACCGCAUCUGCUAACAAAUACGUUAAAGCGUUCAAAUAUGUUGCAGUACCACUUGGUGUAUUCUUUUUUAGCUCAAGAGUUCCUGUUGCUGUUUCAAUAUACUGGUGUGCUUCAAACUUUUUCAAUCUUUUGUUAACAACAACUCUACGCAUGCCUAAAAUCCGUUAUGCUCUCGACAUUCCAUUGAAAGUGACAAAAUCAAGUUCCGUGACGUUCCAAAAAGCAUGGAAGCGUGCAUUCGGUUGGAAGAAAGAAACUGAAAAACAAGCUCGAUCACGACCUGUAAUGUGGGAAAUAAUGCAGAGACAAGAUCUAGAAAGAUUUGCAAGAGCUGGUAGACCAAGCGCUGCGAAGUGA